CUGCGGGAGGAUUCACGUAAAAUUCAACACGCGACGAAACUUGGAUUUACGGACCUCACCUUUACGCUCAGGUGUCAAAGUAAAGGUGUUUAUACCUCGUGGCUCCUGCAUGUGUCUCCUCUCCGGUGUAUCUUCAGUUACUGUCCUUUAGCCUACUUUUGUGCAGCAUUAGAUUAGGGUUUUUUUUUGGAUCUGUUUGUGUUCAGAUGACGGCACAGGUAGACUACCUGGUGGUGGUUUUCACCGCCACAUCUGGCGCGAGCGGAGAGCUGCUGGGAUCUGACGAGAAGGAGCUCGAGCAGUUGGUUUGGCAGCUCGUGGAUGUAAAGAACAAAACGUUGGGCAAGGUGAAUGAGCUCCUCAUUAAGCCGGACCUCUCAGACUUGACUGAGGAAAAAGAGGAGGAGAUGGAGGAUGGGGUGGAGGAGAGCGUGGAAGAGGAGAAUAGAUCUCAAGCAGAUAAUGUCUCCACAGCUACAAGUCUUGAGACCGCAUUAAACUUGUUUCAUCUACAACUGACAAACGAGGUGAACAGCGCGGGCGCAGGCACGUCAGCGUGUUUGUGUACAGACGGGGCCCUUCACAUCCGCCAAGUGAUUCAUCCCGAGGCCGCAAGCAAGAACAUCCUGGUCCCAGACUGUUUCUACUCUUUCUUUGACCUUCGGAAAGAGUUCAAGAAGCACUUCCCCACAUCUGACCUCAAGGCUUUGAAUGUACACAUCAUGGCAGAUUCUCUUAGUGUACCUGUUGAUGUGCCCGCUAUGUGGGACCCCUCAACCACACAGGAUCCGUCAGCCAUAUUGCCUGCAGGAAUAGCAGUCCAGCAGGUCCAGGUUAUGGGCAGCAUUGUCCUUGCCCUGCUUUCUGAGCCAUUAAGCCACACGUUUUCUACCCAGGAAAGAGUUAGUGAGAAGUUUGAGACUGGCACUUGCAGUAAGAUGGAGAAAGUGUGUGACAACACGGUCAUCAGAGCUAGAGGGUUGCCCUGGCAGUCUUCUGACCAGGACAUCGCUCGAUUCUUCAGAGGACUCAACAUUGCCAAAGGAGGGGCUGCGCUGUGUCUUAAUGCUCAGGGGAGGAGGAACGGAGAAGCGCUUGUUCGUUUUGUCAGUGAAGAACACAGAGACCUGGCACUGCAGAGACACAAGCACCACAUGGGCAACAGAUACAUAGAGGUUUACAAAGCUUCAGGAGAGGACUUCCUGAAGAUAGCAGGAGGUACCUCCAAUGAGGUAGCAAUCUUCCUGUCCCGUGAGGACCAGAUCAUAGUGAGGAUGCGAGGUCUUCCUUUCACCGCCACACACGAGCAGGUGCUCACCUUCUUCUCCCCGGAGGAUCUCAAAGAGACAUGUCCGGUCAGCGGAGGGAAAGAUGGCAUCCUAUUUGUUCGCUAUCCAGACGGCCGUCCCACUGGUGAUGCCUUUGUUUUAUUUGCCUGUGAGGAACACGCCCAGUGUGCUCUGAGGAAACACAAGGAAAUCCUUGGGAGAAGAUAUAUUGAGCUGUUCAAAAGUACGGCAGCAGAGGUCCAACAGGUGUUGAACCGGUACUCGUCAGCCCCUCUGAUCUCAGUGGCCCCUGCC